AUGAUUGUCAAUUAUACAGAAAUUACAAAACUUGUAAUUUUUAGUAAACUUGAAGAUGAAGAUAUUAGGAUGGAUUCAACUAUCGAAGACAUUUAUUUAGCAUUGACGGCUAUAACUCUUCUUAAAGAUAUUACUUUUACAUGCGCAAUUUGUCGAGGAUCGUAUAGUCUUUAUAAACAACGAGAAAGAGCAAGAGUAUGUUUCAUCUUUAUACUCGCGUGGACAGUAAUUCCAGCAACCUACACCGUAUUCCUUUUCCAAGAUUUAGACUCAAUACCAUUAAUUUGCCCUCGAAUCUAUCACUAUAAAUCACAAAUAUUAAAUCAAGCAUGUAUGAUUAGAAUGCUAGAUUUCUUACUAAUGUGGUCAUAUACCGCCUUAUUUUACCUUACAGUCCUUCUUGAAAUAAUACGAUAUUUAUUCAAUCACAAUUCUGAUGAUGAUUUAGAGGAUGGGCAAAAUGAACCAAAAAGGUCUUAUCGAACACUAUUUUCGAUAUCGGACAUGUCAACACAUUCUGAAAAUAACGUUUCAAGCGAUAAAAAUGUGACUCCAAAUAAUGGUCAUCAUAGUCAUCAUAGUAGUUGUAGUACAACAUCAAAUAGUCCAUUAUCGCGACCAAAACCUACAUAUAAAAAUUCUUUAUUUUCACCACCUUCUCAUGAACAGAAUUAA